UAUUUUACUCGUAUACUUCGACUGGUGUACAGUACGUACGAGUACGUUUUCUUUUGGCCUUGUAUAUUUGUACUAGUAUUUGGUGUUUUGUAGCUGUUUUCCAAAACCAUUCUUAAUCAUUAUAAUGGCAUUUGGACUGUACUCCCUAAUUGAAGCUGCUCUUCUUUGCAUAAAUGCAGUAGCUGUGCUUAACGAGGAAAGGUUUUUAAGCAAAGUGGGAUGGGGAGGCGAUCAGAGUGUUGGUGGGUUCGGUGAGGAACCAGGAAUGAAGGCACAACUCAUCAACUUAAUUAGGUCCAUCAGAAUUGUCAUGAGAGUGCCGUUGAUAUUUGUAAACUCCAGCGUCAUCGUUCUCAAACUGGUAUUUGGAUAGCGAUGGAAACGUUAAAAAAGGAGAAAGUGUACAGGAGUAAUGUGCUGAGAUGAUGAGACAUCAAAGGAAGGUUCAAGAACUGAAAUGUCCUCAUGGGACUGCAUCAAGAUGAGCCAUCCACUUCCAAGAACUAAGCAGACUCUGCUGUAAGACAUUAGUAUUUGUGAGAGACCAAGGAAGAAGUUAUGAAGCUUUGCAAAAUGUGACUUUUGAUUCAACAGUCGGAUUUUAUUGAGCAGUACACCAUGUUGGUUGCAAAAGCCAUUUUCUUCAGAUGAGCAGAGUGACAGGAUUCUCAAAAAGAGAAAUUUAUCUUUGGCAUAUUUAUUUUUAUCUAGAUGUUAUGUAAGUCCUGGAAGGACCUGUCAAAGUUCAACAGUUUAUUAUUCAAUUGGGUAAAUUAGUUGUACUUACAUCCACACAGCUCUUUCUUUCUUCUAUUAUGCUAGAUGUUUUUUUCAAAGUGGUGACUGCUGUAUUGCAUUACCUGAUGAAAAUACAGUCAUGCAGACAGGCCAUUCCAUCUUCCCAUCAUAAACAACUCUUUUAACGAAGAUUGAACAAGGUUCUUCCACAAGAAUGUAAAGAAAUGAUUUAACAAUUCCAACCGCUCUUUUUAUACAUUGGGUUAUGUCCCUCAAUGUCAUAAUAAAAGUGUAAUUAGUGUAUUCCAAGAGCUUGAAUGAACUGUAGACAACACUAUUUGUCACUAUUCAUGAGUGCAGCAGUUGGGCAAGGGACGGUUAGCAGGGGAUAUUAUGUGUAUGGUGCAAAACAUACACAACUGUUCUCAAUGUGCAGGAACCCAUGGUGUCUUAUUAGCGUGAGCAUCAGGCGCAACAGUCAAGGUGUUCAAAUGCCUCUCUCAGAGUCUUUUAAAACUCUUUGAAACUGUUGAAGGGGUACCUGUACUGGAG